GGGCUAUUGCUUUUUCAGAAUCAUGGCGCCAUCGCUAUGGAAGGGGCUAGUAGGCAUCGGCCUCUUUGCCCUAGCCCACGCCGCCUUUUCUGCUGCGCAGCAUCGUUCUUACAUGCGAUUAACAGAAAAAGAAGAUGAAUCACUGCCAAUAGAUAUAGUUCUUCAGACACUUCUGGCCUUUGCAGUUACCUGUUAUGGUAUAGUUCAUAUUGCAGGGGAGUUUAAAGACAUGGAUGCCACUUCAGAACUAAAAAAUAAGACAUUUGAUACCUUAAGGAAUCAUCCAUCAUUUUAUGUAUUUAAUCAUCGUGGUCGAGUACUGUUCCGGCCUUCGGAGACAACAAAUUCUUCAAACCAGGAGGCAUUGUCCUCUAACACAUCAUUGAAGUUACGAAAACUCGAAUCACUGCGUCGCUAAGGUUUUUACAAAUUAUAAUAGCAGGACAGGACACAGAGCUGAAUCUUGGAGUUUGGGGUAUAAAACACUCCCCCCCAAUCAGUAUUUAUAUUGAUCUUUCAGACCUAAUUAAACAAAUCUAUACCCCUUGUUUGUACACUGUUAAAAAAUCGUAGAUGGAGUGUAAGUUAUCUGCAAAAUGAGUCUUUAAUCUUUCAUAUAUAUUUUCAUUUAAAACCAAUUUGCAUCUUUUGUAAAAGUCACUGUUUUGAACACAUUUCCUUGAAAAAGGUUGGUUUUUAUGUUUAUUUAUUUUCUUAGAUUUCUUUUGCACUAGUUUUUAGGAAUCCUUUUGGAAAUACUGCGUGACUACUGCAUUUUGCAGCAUGAAUUAUAGUAAAAAGGUCUUCAGUUCUUAUCAAAUGGACUUCCCUAAUGAGACCAAAAUAGUGACUUCUCAGUUUUUCUUAUGUGCCCUCAAAAGUGGCUCUUUUUUCCCCAAGAUACUUGUCUGAUAUUAAUUUAUCCUUGAUUCUCUCCCCACCCCAUUCCUAUAUACCUUCUAACAUCAGUUGUCUUAUUUCAUCACUUCUCUGAGGUUCUGUGUGCAGUGAGCAAUUUUUGCGUCAGAAAUUCUGUCAUAACAAAUGCACUUAACAAGUUUAACUUGCUGUAAUGCUGCUUGUGUUCUCCUCAUUUAGCUGUAAAAAUGUUUCCUAACUUUGUAGUAUUAGUUGAAGAUAGACCAAAAAGACCAUUUGUGAUUUCAUUAUCAUCCCUCUAUGGAACAAUCAUAAUCAUUGAGGAAAACUGAUUACCUGUCAUUAGCCAGUUUAACUUAUUCAAAGUCUGUGUUAUUUCUUACUAAAUAAGUGAAAAUAAAAGAAGCUUCUCAUUAAUCUAAAGGCAGAGUCAAAAAAAUUGGGCCAAAUAUAUUCUAAAUAUUUGGAACUAAUAUAUUAAAUAUUUUAGAAAAUUAAAGUCAUUUAAGAAAUUAUAGCCAGUUUAGUUUUCAGUCUUCACUGUAUAGUGCUGAAGGUGAAGAUGGAUAAAGAGUUGGAUUUUUUCAGAAAUAGUAAUUUUACCCUUAGGGAAAUUUGGCUAGCUCUUUGAGCAGGAAGCUCAGCAUUUUUUGGUAGAGAGCAUUGCUUUAUUGAAUUGUACAGUUAUAAAAACAUUACUUUUUGUUGAAUUGUAUAGGUGUAAAGGGAAUAAAUGUAUGCAGGUUUGAAAAGGAAAUAUGCUUUAGGCAAGAGUCAUAAGAUGCCCUUAUACCUGAUGGCAUUUUUUCCAUUGGAAAUAAACCUCAGCUCUUACAUUCUGCCUAGUUGUACACAACCCCAAAGGAUGAGAUUAUUUUGUCAUGGGAUUUUUAUUGUCAUUUUAUUUUGUUUUACCAGCUCAGUCGGUGGAACCCUGACUUUGGUCUCUAAUGAGACAAAGUUAGAAAUCUGCUGAUAACCUAAAAUAAUUUAGAAAUGUGUUAAAAAUAUGAAGUAAGGGAUUAAAGUGAUGAAGUCAAAAUAGCAUGUGGGAAACAAACUCUUUACACCAUGCUUGUCUACCAUUUCCUCAGGUAUGGCCUGCUUUGGGAGAGUCUCUUGUUUUCUUCUCUUUGGGGACUGUCUUCCUUUCUUAAAAUUUUUGUAACAGUGUAUUUGGCAUUUGAUUCACAUACUAUGUAAUUCACCCAUUUAAAGGGUGUAACUUCAUGAUUUUUAUAUUCACAAAGUUGUGCGCCCAUGAUCAGACAAAUUUAGGGCAUUUAAUCACACUGAAAGUAACUCUGUACCCUUUGGCAGUCAUCUCCUAUUUUUUCCCAGUGCUCCCCAGCCCUAGGCAACCACCAGUCCACUUUCUAUAUACCUAUUUUAAUCAUUUAAUAUAAAUUAAUUCAUACAAUAUCUAGUCUUUUGUGAUUGGCUUCCCCAAAAUGGUUUUCUCUGGCAUGAAAAAGUUGUUCUCAUCUUGAAAACUCUUAUUGUAGGAAAAGAAAGUGACUGGUAAAUCAAUGAAUUUAAGGAGGGAGGGUCAGAUACCUCACAGGUUUCUCAGUUAAUCUUAUGCUCAGUUUAAUCUUAUGCUGAAUAGCCAAUCAUUCAUUGUAUACUAUUGCUUAUAAUAUUUUGGCUAGUUUGUAGAAUGGACAUUGAAAUCUACCUUUGCUGGCCCAGUCAGAAAAGUCCUGCUAAAAAUGAUGCCAAAUAAUUUGGCAAAUAAUUGACAUAGCACUUUUCAGGUGUCUGUCUUUGUCAGCACCUCAUAUACCUCGGGCCAGGUGAGCUCCCCAAAUCUCUCUUAAAAUUUACUCCAGUGAAUUUCUGCUGUCUUUUAAAGUAUGUACCAUAGGACUAAAGGUGAUUUGAGUGCAUUAUAACAGUGCUAAAUGUAUUAAAUGGAAUUUUAUUUACAUUACUAUGAGAUAGUUAAUUAUUGCCUAAAGUAGUUCAAAACUAUAGUGAUGAGAGUUAGUUAGUCCUUCAGUUGACUAUGAUUUCAGUGACAAUUCAGAAAUGUGAGAAGUGCACACCAAUCAAAGUUCUCUAGAAUACAGGAAGACUCAAUAACCAGGGAACCAGCCAAUACUGUGGGCUAAUGGCCCAAUGGCAGAAAAUGGAGAUUGGUGAAUUAGAGACUAUUAUGCUCUGUAACUCCCUAAUAAUUGUUCCCAAGCAUCGUGGCUUAUUUUUAAGUGGCAUGACAGCAUCUUCCUGGUUAUAUGUGGCCUAUUUCCAUGAUGUAUUGAGUAGUGUUGUUUGUUGUGAGCAUCGAUGCCUGUAACACCAAGCUAAACACGUUUUGAAUAUGUUUUCUCUCUUUAAAUGACCUUGCCCUGUCCAAUAAAUAAAUGAUUGUCUUGCCUUGUU